CCAAUUACCAUUCCACUUUACCACAGGCCCCGUCCUUGCACUGCAACACCACUUUCGUUAAUCAGACCAGUCCUCCCGACACCGUUGCCUCUUGCAAGACAUGGAUACCUCCGACUACACAGACCUGCUGGAUAUCACCGACAUCCUCAAUGCAGACCCGCACACGCUGCUUUCGUUCACGGACGAGAACACGACCCUGAAAAGCUACACCGAGGACCAGCAGCCCAGCCACAGCCACAACCAGAACUUCAACCGCACCCUAACAGAACCAGAAGCGUUUCAGAACUACGACGCUUUCUACUACAGCCCGCAGUCGGCGUCGUCCAUCGAGCCAACCAGGUUGAACAACGGUGUGCCCCAGGCGGUGAACAUGAAUGCCAACGCAGAUAAAAGUGUUCUGGACGAAAUCGCAGAGUCGAAAGAAUUGGACGAACUCGCCCAGUACUUGACUGACCAUCCGCAGCGCAAUGAUUACGCAAGUGAUAUCACCAACCAGGACGACUCGCCAGACAACGCUAACGCUCCCCUCACGACCAACUGGUACAAAAACAUAUACACUCACAUGAACAAUCACAUCUCGUUCACCACAGAUGACGUCCCUUUCCAACACUCCACGAAAAGCUCCCCGGGCUCUCCGGAGGCGUCGAACAUCAUCGACGAGCAAUUGAUGACGGAAAUCGAUAGCCUCAUCAACAAAAACGUCUUGAUCGACGACAUGAACUCUCCCAACACCCCGAAUACCGAGCGUUUUUUUGAGCAUCACACCCAAGCCUUCGCUCCGCCAACUCUGCUUCUACCGGACAGAGCUGGCAAACCCGGAAGCGCCAGGACAAACACUGGCAGCAUCAACAACAACAACAAUAACAACACUUUCCACAACCCGCACAACAGCAACAGCAACAGCAACGGCACUGGUCUGCAUCAUAACCACCAGCUUGUCAAGAAGCCGUCGGUGAAAAGACUUCCGUCGAACGUGUCGCAGUCGCCCACCACGAAACGACUGGCGAGAUCGCCGUCGAAAACAGAGCUGUUCACCGGGAUGGCACAAACCGCGGCCGUGUUGGCGACAAACUCGUCUUCGAGCAAAAACCUGGCCAGCCUCCAGAGGCACGAGAGCGCAAGAGCCGCCGCCAGGGCUGUUGGAAACACGUUUGAGAACCUCUCCUCGAGGGCGGUGGCCCGGCCCACACAGACCAAGACCCGCAGCAAGCCGGGCAGCGGCGGCAGCGUGGGCGGCAACGGCAGGACGAGGCUCUCGAACGCAAGGUCGCAUCCGAACUUGAAGGCGCAGGCUGCCGCCAAGUCGAGAAACACCCACCCGGACCCGCCGACGCCGUACACGAAGUCGCCCUCGAUGAACUCCAUCUUCGACAUCGACACCAUGACACUGGCGUCGUCGCCCUCGUUCCUCGAGUCGCCGCUGCGCGUGUCGAGGCUGAAGUCUGCCAAGGUCAAGCCGUCCUCGUCCUCCAUAUACUCGUCUGCCACGUCUGCGUCUGUGCGCACCAACGUGUCGAACGGCUCGUGCACGUCCAAGUCGUCCCGCGGCUCCGGCACCUUUGACCAGUACUCGCAGCUCCCGGGGUCGUCCGAGACCUUGGAGACCAUUGUGUCCAUGGACACCACUGCGUCCAACGACAAGGACAGCCAGCACCAGUUGACAAACUACACGUCUUCCAACAGACUCGCCAGCUCGACCUCGCACCCGAACCUCACGUACCAGUCCUCGUUGCCACCGCCGCCCCCACUGCCGCUGCAGAUGGGCUCGUUCGGCAGCACCCUGAGCACCAAGACCGACUCCAGCACCGCCAGUCCGACCUGUGCGGUCUACACGUCGACCCCGUCCCCCAUUGCUGGCUCCUCCAACAUCAUGUUCACGCCUCCAAACCUCCUCACCCCGAACGCGGCCAACAACUACCUCAACCUCACCCGCGCUCAGUCCAUCUCCUCGUCCACGGAGCUGGACUUUGCUGCCCCUGGCGCCAGCCCGCUCACCCCGGUCACCAAGACCGCCAUCAAGUUCGAGCAGCUCUCCACCUCCUCGCCCCACGCCCCCAAACUAUCCGUGUGGAGGACCAGCCCCGACGCGAAGCGCGAGCGCGAGAGAGCCCAGUCCGUGUCGCUCAACCCCGACAGGCGGCACUACAUCAACACCACCAAGUUCACCAACAACUUCAUCGAGGAGCCCAUCAGCUACCGCAGCCACAAGCCCCACGCCCACAAGCCCCACGCCCACAAGCCCCACCCCCACACCCACUCCUCCUCCGCUGCCACCUCCUUCGCUGCCGUCGCCGUCGCUGCCGCUCCCCCGCGGCUCAAAAAUCCAAGCCACGCGUCUAGGAACUCCGUGCACUCCGUGCACUCCAGCACCUCCACAAACUCCACCAUCUCCACCAUCUCCAACCCGUCCACGCACGACGACCGCGACCCCCGCCCCGACACCAAGAAGCCCGCCACCCCCGCCACCAAACACAGCAAGUCUUCCAAGGACGCGGCCUUCAAGAACCUGAUCACCACCUUCAACAAGAAGGAGCCCGAGUGCUACAAGCCCAAGGUCUACUCCAACAUGAUGCAGGGCCUGGUGGAGUUUCAGGUCAAGAUGGGCAAGUCUGCCAAGACCGCUGGCCCACGCGCCCCGCGCACCCGCCGAUGACCGCCCUGCCCGCCUUUGGCCUUGUUUUUCUCCGUGUAUAACCCCAUAUAGUGCGUACCCCUGGUAACCUACUGCAUCCGGCACCCCCUGCGCUGCGGCCCGCACCGACGCGUCGCUUCCGCGCCACGUUUUAUGCCGCCUGCGGCGCGGCGCUGCAUCGCACGCUGGUGGUCGGGGCGCAGGAGGCAGAGGCAGGUAGACGGGGAGCAGUUUCAGGCACAGGUGUUAAGGUUCGUCAUUGUUCCUGGCCGGGGCGGGCGGCAGGCGGCCCGUUGGCGGACAGA